AUCGUCGUCUCCCUCCUCGCCCUUUUCUCUUUAGCUCGUCAAAAAAAUAAAUACAAAUUUCUUUCUUUUUUUGCUUUUUUUUUUUUUUGUUUUUGUGACCUUGGAGAGAGUUAAAAAGGAAAAGGAGAGGUAAAAGAUGAGAUUAAUCCAAGGAAGUGGUGAAGAAGAAGAAGAAAAAGAAGGCACACAGGGUUUCCACUUUCCCUCUUUUGUUUAAUACCCAGAUCCGCUUAAAUUAAUCUCUUUUUUUUUUUUUUUCCUAUCCUUCGCGAUUCUACCCGGCAAUCAUGGGGGGCUGUAGUAAAGAAAGUUCGGAGCUUUUCUAACAGGUUAAAAAAAAAAAUUUAUAUAUAGGUUGCGGGACGUGUUGAGCUGUUCUCGUAUUGAGGAGGAAGGGAAGCUCGUUUCCGGAGGUGUGAAUGGUUGGGAUUUGACGAGGUUGGAGGUUGGUUUUGGUUGGGGCAUUUCGUCGAACAUAGGAAAGGCGCCGCUUUUGAGGAGGAGAUUUGGGCUGGUGGGUGGGUGGUGUGGGUAAUGGCGCCGUCGUUCGGGUGGUGGGGCAGCAAGGAGGCCGCCCACCGCGGGACGCCGGUGGUGGUGAAGAUGGAGAACCCCAACUGGUCCAUCGCCGAGAUCUCGUCCCCGGACGACGACGACGACGACGACUACGGCGGCGGCGGCGGAGGCGGCGGCGGCGGGGGUGGGGGCGCCGCGGCGGCGGCGGCGGCGGCGGCGGCGAGGAAGGGUGGGAGGGGGAAGAACGCGAAGCAGAUAACGUGGGUGCUCCUCCUGAAGGCGCACCGCGCGGCGGGGUGCCUCACGGGGCUCGCGUCCGCCGCCACGGGCCUCGCCUCCGCCGUGCGCCGCCGCGUCGCCGCGGGGCGCACCGACUCCGACGCGGGCUCCGCCGCGCCCGAGGAGAGCCCCGUGCUCCGCUCCCGCUUCUACUCCUUCAUCCGCGCCUUCCUCGUCCUCUCCCUCCUCCUCCUCCUCGUGGAGGUCGCCGCCUACUUCGAGGGUUGGCACCUCGCCGCCCCCGACCUCCACGGCCUCUUCGACUCGAUCUACUCCCGCUGGGUCAGCUUCCGCGCCGCGUACCUCGCCCCGCCCCUCCAAUUCCUCGCCGACGCCUGCGUCGUCCUCUUCCUCGUCCAGAGCCUCGAUCGCCUCAUCCUCUGCGUCGGCUGCUUCUGGAUCCACUUCAAGAAGAUUAAGCCGGUGCCGAAGCAACCCCUCCUCCCCCAAGACCUCGAAUCCGGCGCUGGUUCCGCCCACUUCCCCAUGGUCCUCGUCCAAAUCCCCAUGUGCAACGAGCGAGAGGUUUACCAGCAGUCCAUCGCCGCGGUGUGCAACCUCGAUUGGCCGCGGUCGAACUUCUUGGUGCAGGUUUUGGACGAUUCCGACGAUCCGGAGACGCAGGCCCUGAUCAAGGAGGAAGUGGAGAAGUGGCAGCAGAGCGGGGCGCAGAUCGUGUACCGCCACCGCGUGAUCCGCGAGGGCUACAAGGCCGGGAACCUCAAGUCGGCGAUGAGCUGCGGCUACGUCGAGGACUACGAAUUCGUCGCCAUCUUCGAUGCCGACUUCCAGCCCGCCCCCGACUUCCUCAAGCGCACCAUUCCCCACUUCAAGGACAAUGAAGAGGUGGGGUUGGUGCAGGCGAGGUGGUCGUUUGUGAACAAGGACGAGAACCUCUUAACGCGGCUUCAAAAUAUAAACCUUUGCUUCCACUUUGAAGUGGAGCAGCAGGUGAAUGGGGUGUUCAUUAACUUCUUUGGGUUUAACGGAACGGCGGGAGUGUGGAGGAUUAAGGCGUUAGAGGAUUCGGGAGGGUGGAUGGAGAGGACGACGGUGGAGGACAUGGACAUUGCGGUGCGAGCGCAUCUUAAGGGGUGGAAGUUCGUCUUUCUAAACGAUGUAGAGUGCCAAUGUGAAUUGCCGGAGUCGUACGAGGCGUACAGGAAGCAGCAGCAUCGGUGGCAUUCGGGUCCAAUGCAGUUGUUCAGGCUCUGCUUGCCUGACAUUAUCAGAUCCAAGAUCGAAUUCUGGAAGAAGGCCAACCUAAUAUUCCUCUUCUUCCUCCUUCGCAAACUCAUCCUACCCUUCUACUCCUUCACGCUCUUCUGCAUCAUCCUCCCCAUGACCAUGUUCGUUCCCGAGGCCGAGCUCCCUGCCUGGGUCGUCUGCUAUGUCCCCGCCACCAUGUCCUUCCUCAACAUCCUCCCGGCGCCCCGCUCCUUCCCAUUCAUCGUCCCCUACCUUCUCUUCGAGAACACCAUGUCCGUCACCAAGUUCAAUGCCAUGAUCUCUGGCCUCUUCCAGCUCGGUAGCGCCUAUGAAUGGGUUGUGACCAAGAAAUCUGGUCGUUCAUCCGAGGGCGACCUAAUUUCCUUGGUCCACAAAGAGGCCACCCCUGCUGUUCAACAGAGAGGCGGGUCGGCCCCUAAUUUAGACUCGAUAGCUAAGGAGCAGUCCCUUCCCAACAAGGCCAGUAAGAAGAAGAAGCACAACAGGAUUUACAGGAAGGAGUUGGCGCUCGCAUUUCUCCUACUAACCGCCGCUGCUCGGAGCCUUCUCUCCGCACAAGGGAUUCACUUUUACUUCUUACUGUUUCAAGGGAUCUCGUUCUUGUUGGUCGGCCUCGAUUUGAUCGGCGAGCAGGUUGAGUGACAAAGGGUUGGAGGAGUUCAUGAAGGAAUACUCUUUCUCUAGGAAAAGGCGGCCUAAUUUGAUGCUCCAUUUCCAUUGCAUUUUAUCCGUCCUAUGGGGCUCUUUAUUUAAUUAAAUUAAAAAGGAGUGUUCCUCUUCUUUGGAGGUGUAGAUAACUCAGCUCUCUAAAGCCUGUUAGGUGCUUCAAUUCUUUAAGAUCUCUCAUUCUUUUGUAAGAAAAUUUUGUAUUCUCAGAUGGUUCUUUUACUUGAACACUUCAAUACAAUUUUACUGGUCUUUGGUAGCUAC